AUGACCGCCAACUGGGACGCUGUCGACGACCUCCACCCGACCGUCUUCGCCUACGCUGGCGGGCUCACGCAGUGGCUCAACGGUACCCUGAAGCUAGAUGGCUCGGAGGACAAUGACGUUGCCUCGGAGCUCUGGGCCGACGCCUUUCGCCUCGACUGGCCCGGCGACCUCGCGACGUUGCCGAGAGCCUACCUCGGUCCGCAGCGCUUUCGCUUGAUCCGGUCCAAGGACAUGUACAAGCGCGUGAUGCAAGUCUUGUACCACGGCGAAGAGAUCCAAGGAGGACUCUUUACACACGACGUCGUCUUCUACGCAGAUGCGUCCUACGCUCCGUACCGGGACGACUCGGUCCUGGUCGCCGAGAUCAUGGCUGCGCCCAUGGAGAACGUCUGGCUGGACAAACUUGCGUCGCUGCUCGAAACCCCAAAGGCCCUCGCGACGGCGGCGGCGCUCGGCGGUCACACGCGUCUCCUCGAGUACCUCGUGCGCGAGAAAGGCGUCAACCUCGCCGAAAUGGUGCGUCUGCACCGCCCCGUCAUCGGCUUCGUCAUGGAUAUGGUCGCGUAUUACGGUCAUCUCGAGACGCUUCGGCUGCUUCACGAGGCCGGAUCCACCGGGUGCUCCGUCGCGGCCAUGGACAACGCCGCGUCCAACGGCUUUCUCGAUAUCGUGCGCUGGUUGCAUGCGCACCGAGUCGAAGGCUGCUCGGCUGCAGCGCUUAACGGCGCCAUCAACAACGGACACGUCGAAAUCGUUGCGUUUCUGCGGCAGCACUACCCGGAGCUCGAUGUUUCUUCCGAUGCAAUGGACGAAGCGGCUGGUUCAGGUCGUCUCGACGUCGUGCGGUACCUUCAUGAACAGUGCCAUGCGCCAUGCACGACCAAGAGCUUGGAUGCUGCAGCGUACCAUGGAUACCUAGACAUUGUGCAGUACCUUCAUACGCACCGUCACGAAGGCUGCACGACGGAAGCGAUGGAUGGUGCUGCCUGCAACGGAUACUUGGAGGUCAUCGAGUUUCUCGACGCUUACCGCUCCGAGGGCUGCACCACCUUUGCGUUCGACACGGCCGCGCGCAACAACCACAUGGCCAUCCUCCAGUUCUUAUCGGCGUCGCGCACCGAAGGAGGCACGACCAAGGCCAUGGACCGUGCCGCGCACCGAGGCCACUUUGACGUUGUGCGCUUCCUCCACGACCACCGACCGGAAGGCUGCACGACGCGCGCCAUCGACUGGGCGGCCGCGGCGGGGCACUUGGCGAUUGUCGAGUUCCUCAUGGAGAAUCGGCGCGAGGGCUUUACGUACCGAGGCAUGUUUUGGGCGGCGCGGGAUGGUCAUUUGGACGUCCUCGCCUACCUCUUGGCGCACGACAGCGCGAAGAAGGCAGCGCGUGCGGUCCAGCGAGCGCUCGACGACAGGAGCGAAAGUGUGUUUGUCAACCUAAAGGCAGCGCAGUACCCCGGCACCACAACGGUCGACAUGGCUGCGAUCGAGUGGGACGACGAGGUUGAUGGGUGCUUCGCCUUCAACGACGAGGAACCAGAAGAAGAUGGCGAAGAGUGCUACUACGACUGGGAUUCGGACAACUCGACGGAAGGCUGCAUGUUUUGGUAG